CAGGACUCUACUCUCACCAGAACAACUGGCACUGUUAUGAUGCACUAGUAUAUAUAACUAACUCUCUUGGCCCAAAACUUGGCACCAUGCCUCGGCGCCGCGUGCUUGCGGGCCUGGCUCUUGCACUAUUCUUGCCCCUUCUCCUAGCGAUCCUAUUAGCUGUUGUUGAUGCCGCUGAACCUGUUCCUGCGGAUGUGCCACCUGCCAUAUUUACCGUCAAGGGGCUUGUUCACGCAUUUCGCGCCUUUUGGGACAUCGUUGGGCCCGGCGGCAAGCUGCAUCCAGCUUACUUUCUAGAACAUAAGGGGCAUCUUGUCAUCGAGGGCAUCCUGAUCGCACUCAUCGUGUACUUGGCGCUGCAGCAUUCGUUCAAAGUGCAUCGGCGCGCCGAAGACCCUCUUACAGAUAAGGAAAUUGACCAACUGUGCAAAGAAUGGAAGCCCGAGCCGCUGGUCCCCACCAUUCCGGAAGCGGAGCAGCUGCCGGAGCCGCCCGUCAUUACCGGUUUGGACGGCCCUUACGUCUACCUGCAAGGCCGUAAGGAGAAGGUCCUACACCUGGCCUCCUCAAACUACCUCAACGUAGCUAACGACCGUGUCAGCAAGGAGGUUAGCGUGAACACAGUAAACAAGUACGGCGUGGGUUCAUGCGGCCCACGUGGCUUUUACGGCACCAUUGACGUACAUCUACAGCUGGAGCAGGAGCUUGCCGUGCACUUUGGUACGGAAGCCGGAAUCAUCUAUUCGUACGACGUAGCCACUAUUACCUCGGUCAUUCCCUGCUUUGCCAACCGCAAGGAUAUCAUCGUCAUUGAUGAGUUCUGCUCCUACCCCAUCCAGGCGGGCUGCAACGUGAGUCGCGCGCGAGUGGCCACCUUCCGUCACAACGACGUGGCGGACCUGGAGCGCGUGAUUCAGAAACUGGAGGCGGAGGAGAAGGCAAAGCGCAAGCCGCUGUGUCGCAAGCUGAUUGUGGUCGAGGGCAUCUACGGCAACUAUGGCGACCUGGCCCCUCUGGACCGCAUCUGGCAGGUCAAGGACAAGUACAAGUACCGCCUGAUGGUGGACGAGUCGCACGCAUUCGGGGUGCUGGGCGCCACUGGCCGGGGGGCAUGCGAGCACUUCAACCUCAAACCAGGACAGGUCGAGAUCGUUGCCGCCUCCAUGAGUCAUGCCAUGGGCAGUGUGGGCGGCUUCUGCGUGGGCGACCGCGCCACGGUGGAGCACCAGCGCCUGUGCGGCAGCGGCUACUGCUUCUCCGCCUCGCUGCCGCCCUACCUGGCGGUCAGCGGGAUCAACAUGCUGAAGAGCCUGCGGGGGGAGGCGCCGCUGGCGGGCUCGGGAGGUGCGGCAGGCGGCAGUGGGAAGGAGCUGAUGGUGCGGCUGCAGGCGCGCAUCCGGACGAUGCGAGGAGAGCUCCUGCGGGGGCUGACGGGCCUCAAGCUGUACGGCGGCGGCGGCCCUUCCCCCAUCCUGCAUUUCCACCUCGCCAAGCCCAGCGGGGACUACGCCGCCGACCACGCAACGCUGCGGGCCGUCGCGGACCACAUGCUGACCCAUGGGUCGGUGCUGGUCAGCGUGUCGCUGUACAGUGUCCUGGACACGCACAAGCCGCCGCCCAGCCUGCUCAUGCACGUGCAUGCGGGCCUGAGUGACAAGGAUCUGGCGGUGGCUGCCGGGGCGCUACGAAGGGCGGUCAAGGAGGUGCUGAAGCAGUAGCCAUGGGGAGGUGCGGGCUGCGGGGCUUACUGAGAAGUAUGAGGUACGGACAGAUCAGGCGUUGGUAGGGGGGUUUGUGUAAGGCGGAUGGUGAGGUUGAUGGUGGUGCUGGUUGCUGGAAACCAUGCCCUGGGACCGGCUAAGGAUAUGGCUAUCCAAGGGUUUGCGCUACUACGUAAUAGUGCUACGUGGGGAUAAUCGUGGGCCGAUUUGAGAUGUCACAUGGGGUGAGCAGCAGUGCCUUUAUCUGUUGGUUGCUUUACUUGAUGGUUUUGUUGGCGCAGCGAGGGAGCAGGAGGAUGAGCUGACCCUUGGGUUACGAGAAGUGGACGUAGUUCGAUGCCAUAUGGUCUCGUAACCUCCGUGGUACGGGUUUUGGGGACAGAUUGCGGGCUGAUUUGCUUUGGGUAUAACUCUUGUAUGGACAGUAUACGGACCUCCCAAACAUUGAAAACAACCUAGUCCGCGCGAAGGAUGGCUGGGCGAGCGACUGGAAUCCUUUUUAUACUAUGGGUGGGUUGCCAAUUUUGGGGAUGGAAAGGAUGUACUUGGAAGGUUAAAACAGAACACCUUAUGCACGGUCGCCCACAGCUCCGGUGGUGUGGGGAAGCACCGAGCAGAUUAGCAGUUUUUGGUUACUUGUGCGCAAUGGCAUGGGGUUUGUGUGUUCAUCCUCGUGCUGGUGUAAAAGUCUAUUGAGUGCUGGACUGCUGGGAAUGUUCAAGGACGCUCUGGUCUUCUGGCGUCCUGGCUUUGCUCGGGUUUGCGUAUGGAGGACAAGCAUACGGACUCUAAAUUACUAACCCAGACGCGCUGCGAACACUACUAAUUUAGCUCUACGGAUAUCCGGAUUGUACAGGAUGAAAACGAAUGUUCGGGGGGCCCCUGUCCUGGGCCUGGACAGCCACCGGCAGCCCUAGAGCAUGUGUUGUACGACAAAGCAUGCUCGGGCCUAAGCAUGUGUCGUACGACAAAGCAUCCUCAGUCCGUGUCGGCCAUGCUCAGGCCUGGGCGGACCGUUGCGUUGCAUGGGAUGGGAGGCAUAGGGGAGUAUAAUGGAAGCCGACCGAUGCGAAAUAGUCACUAACAGCCCCAGGCAUUCCUCUGCGUGCGGAGUGAGAGUUAGCUGUGUAAGAAAGGGCACCC